GUUCUUCUCACCUUGGGCAUGGGAAUGUCCAUCUGGUGUCGCUGAUGCGACUCUCCACGACGGCCGCCAGGUUGGGACAUUCGAUCUCGGCGAGGAGAGAAACAAAGAUGACUUCGGAAGACCGUACUUAUGCGCUGCGCUCGCGCACGAACGAGAUUCGCAAACGCUCCGAGGAGGCCGCCGCUGCGAAUGGCAACUCGAACGACUCGUCGACCUUCGACGCACACAAGGAGGUUGCGGACAACAAGCACUACAAUCACCGUUAUGGCCAUGUCGACAUGCGCGACGAGCAGAUUGUGGGAGGCGGAAAAGAACGUGCUCUGACACACCAUGUUCCUGGGAUCAACAUCACCGAGACCGGGCGCGCGAGGGACAAGAAGCUCGAUGAGCACUUUGAAUAUGAGUUUGGCGGUCCCAUUGGCGUCACCGCCAUGAUGACGCUGUUCCCGAUGCUCAUGUAUUACCUGUGGAUCUGCCUUUGGUUUUACAAUGGCAAAAUCGUUAUUCCAAGUAGCCUCGACGACGUUGGCCCGUUUUUCCAGCGCAUGGGCGCGCACAUUUACAAUGACGCGUUCCCUACUUCGCGUGCACUGAUCGGAUACGGCGGACUGAUGGUCUUCCAAUUCGCCCUGGCGGUCGUCAUGCCGGGCUUUUGGCAGGAGGGCCUUCCGGUGCCGUCCCUCAACUACAAGACGCUCAUGUACAAGUGCAACGCUCUCUCUUCUUUUUACGCAACGCUCGUCGUCUGUGCCGGCCUGCACCUAAGCGGAGUUUUCCGGCUGACGGAGAUCAUCGAGCACUUUGGCGAGUACAUGACCGUCGCGAUGAUCAUGGGCUUCGCCGUCAGCUUUGCCACCUACUUCCACGCCGUCCUGACUCGCACUCAACACCGUAUGAGCGGCAACUUUGCAUACGAUCUGUUCAUGGGCGCUUCCUUGAACCCGCGCAUUGGCAACGUCGACCUCAAAAUGUGGGCAGAGGUUCGCAUUCCGUGGGUCCUACUUUUCCUCAUCAGCGUCAGCGGCGCCUGCAAGCAAUACGAGAUGUACGGUUACGUCACCCCGAACAUGGCCUUCAUGGUCUUGGCCACCGGCCUCUACAUUAAUGCCUGUGCCAAGGGUGAAGAAUGCAUCCCACAGACCUGGGACAUGUUCCACGAGAAGUGGGGCUUUAUGGUCAUCUUUUGGAACUUCGCUGGCGUUCCCUUUACUUACUGUUAUUCUAUUGUGUAUAUGGCGGCCCACUCACCACACGUGUACAAGUUCAGCACGCCGACGUACAUCUUCAUGUACUCGCUGCUGAUUUUUGUGCACUGGGUCUUCGACUCAUCGAUGGCGCAAAAGUCUCGUUUCCGCAUGCAACUUCAAGGCACGCUCAAAGUUCGUUGGUCCUUCCCCCAGUGGCCCUGGUCAACGCUGAAGGACCCUCGCUACUUGCAAACGGAGCACGGCAAUGCACUGCUCAUUGACGGAUGGUGGCAGUUUCUGCGCAAGCCCAACUACACGGCCGACUGGACACAGUCCUUCCUCUGGGGCGCCUGCGCCGGCCUCGGCUCGGUCAUCCCAUACUUUUACUGCCUCUUCUUCCUCGCCGUCCUAACGCAUCGCUGCGGGCGCGACUUUGACCGCUGCGAGAGAAAGUACGGCAAGGAUUGGGUCAAGUACUGCAAGAUCGUCCCAUACAGGUUUAUUCCAUUCGUCUACUAAGCUCGCUCUUGUAUGCGCGCGUGGAUUACCUGCCCGUCAUAUGUCUUCUCUAUGAUCAUUGUGAUGCAGUCAAAGAUGCUAUUGGCAUGCACUACUUGCAAAUGCACAAAGACAUGCUCGGGUCACCCUUCCUCUAGCUUGUGUAG